UAUUUAUCUCUGUCGCAUGCACUAAAAUACAGACCACCCUACGUAUACUGGCUACGAAAAUUCUUAUGCUCUGUAUAGUUUAACAAAUCACAGAGAAAUAUUUAAUUUUUUGAUUUAAUUCAACACACUUAAAAAUAAAAAAAAAAGUAAUAACUGUUGUUACUGGUAACAUUGAUCCAACAACACAGUUUUAUCAAUAUAUGCAUUCUUUUGUCUCCUACCCUAAAUCAGCUUUCAGUAAUAUUGCGUUUUUUUGUUCAAAAUGCCAAAAGGCAAAAAGAAAAAGCUAAAAAAUAAUAAAAAUGGCGAUAAAAACAAGAAAAAAGCACCCUCAAAGCCGAAGAAAAGCGGGGGUAAGAAAUCUAGAUCCAAGACGGCCAGAUGCAAUAUGGACAUAUUUACAGAGGUUGCCAUGGAAAAUGCAUACACCACCUGUCAUAACGUUCAAGAUUUGUUAAAAUGUCGAGGCUUUCCAUGGCCAGAUGCUCAAAAAAAGAAGAAGAAAGGCAAAAAAUAAUUUAUUCAAAUAUAUUAAUGAAAUCUAAAUAAACAUUUUUAGUAAUU